CACCCUCACCCCAUCUAUACUUUCUCCAUUUCUCCCAAUGGUUCAUAAUCAUCCGUACACCUAAAUUUCUUCCAUUUCAUUUUACCUGCAAAAAAAUAUGGAGGAUGACCAAAAUAUGCAUAUCUGUGCUCAUAUCAACAGUGUUGAUAUGAGCAAGCUACUACCUACCAGCCUUGUUUACUUUAACAAAAGAAAGUUUCAAGCUGAACAAUUGGGAAUGCCGUUACCUAAGCAUAUGUGCUCAUAUCAGAGCUCUGCUGAAUGUAAUUCUUCACAUACUGGCACUGCAGCUAAAGAAUCUUCGGCAUGUAUGAUUAUAGUAGAAAAUGCUGCAAGGGGCCAAGAUGAUGAUUCAGAACUAGAAUCUGAGAAUGGCAGCAAUAGUUUUUGUGAAGAUGCUGACUCUGUCACGUCUCAUGAGGCUAAACUUGAUCCUGGAUGUCUGAAAGCAUGUUCAUCUGAUCACGCUUCAACUUCAUCUGUUAAAUUGGGGGGCAACUGGUCCAAAAAUGCCCUUUAUUCUUUGGAGAGCAGAUCAUUGACAAAAUUAAUGCCUGAUAGGCCGGAGCAAUCCCCUACCGGCAGAGGAUGGGGUACUCUACAUCACGGUUCUGGAUGCCACCCGUCAAUGGAUUAUGAGGAGCAUUUUUUGGGAUUGGGGAAUCACAAGGAUUGCACAUGCGCAGAAUGCAGCACUGAGGGCAUUGAGCUCACAACAGAAAAAGAACUUGAAAACUUGCUAAACGCCAAUGUGAAUCCGAGCAAUUAUGUUCUUUCAUCUGGAAGAUGGACUGUUAACCAAGAUUCACAGCCAAGCUCCACGAAACUAACCAUUGAUAAAGAGUUUGAGCAGUACUUUUCCAUGCUUAUGCUGUAACAAGAAACCAUUAAUCAGUUCGAAAGGCUGGCUUAUGUAGUUAAUAAUUGGUUUCAAUGGCUUGUUUAUAUAGUUAUUAUUUGCUAUGUUGUAUGCACAGCCCUUGUAACAACAGAAACAAAUAUGAGAA